AUGGAAGGCAAAGGACAGCUCAAGUGUUUCAUCACCAUUCUUCUCGUCCUGGGUCUCGUCCUUGAGCAGUCUCCGGUGGAAGCUAAAGCCAUCUGGUGCUGCGCAAACGCCCACCAAAAAUACCAUUUUAACCGGUGCGUUGACUUGGGUAUCGGUAGUGUCGAAUAUUGUGGAACUGGUGAUGCAUCCGUUACCAUGGAUAUUGCAUAA